CUUCCAUUUUUCGUAUGGCUGCUUCUUCUUUUCUUACAAUGGACAAUAGCAGAACCAGACAAAACAUGAAUGGUUCUGCUAAUAAUUGGUCACAACAAUCCGGAAGAACAUCAACUUCAUCUUUGGAUGAUCUUGAGAUCCCAAAGUUUAGAUCUUUUGCUCCUUCUUCCAUCUCUAUCUCUCCUUCUCUUGUCUCUCCUUCCACUUGUUUCAGUCCCUCUCUUUUCCUCGAUUCCCCUGCUUUUGUCUCCUCCUCUGCUAACGUUCUUGCUUCUCCAACGACAGGAGCUUUAAUCACAAACGGAAGUAACCAGAAAGUUAUAAAUGAAGCAGAGAAGAGCAACAACAUUAACUUCUUCGAUUUCUCAUUCCCCACACAAUCAUCAGGAGUUUCUGCUCCGACCACAACUACAACUACAACAACAACAACAAACAGUUCUAUCUUUCAACCUCAGGAACCACAGAGGAAGAAUCAGCCAGAACAAUGGAACCAAACUGAGACUCGUCUAAACAAUCAAGCUGUAUCUUACAAUGGAAGAGAGCAAAGGAAAGGAGAGGAUGGUUACAAUUGGAGAAAGUACGGACAGAAACAGGUGAAAGGAAGUGAGAAUCCUCGCAGUUACUAUAAGUGUACUUUCCCAAAUUGUCCAACGAAGAAGAAAGUGGAGAGAUCUUUGGAAGGUCAGAUCACAGAGAUUGUGUAUAAAGGAAGUCAUAACCAUCCUAAACCUCAAUCCACUAGAAGAUCUUCUUCGUCUUCUUCGACGUUUCAUUCAGCUGUGUACAAUGCCAGUUUGGAUCCUAAUCGUCAAGCUUCUUCUGAUCAACCUAAUUCCAAUAAUAGCUUUCAUCACUCUGAUUCCUUUGGGAUACAACAAGAGGAUAAUACUACUUCUGAUUCUGUUGGAGACGAUGAGUUUGAACAAGGCUCAUCGAUUGUCAGUAGAGAAGAAGAAGAUUGUGGGAGUGAACCUGAAGCAAAGAGAUGGAAAGGAGAUAAUGAAACAAAUGGUGGGAAUGGUGGCGUAAGCAAGACAGUGAGAGAGCCAAGAAUUGUCGUGCAGACAACGAGUGAUAUCGACAUUCUUGACGACGGUUACAGAUGGAGAAAAUAUGGCCAGAAAGUCGUUAAGGGAAACCCAAAUCCAAGAAGCUACUACAAGUGCACAACCAUCGGUUGUCCAGUGAGGAAACAUGUUGAGAGAGCAUCACACGACAUGAGAGCAGUAAUCACAACCUACGAAGGGAAACACAACCACGAUGUUCCUGCAGCUCGUGGUAGUGGUUACGCCACAAACAGAGCGCCACAGGAUUCUUCUUCAGUCCCAAUUAGACCAGCUGCUAUUUCUGGUCACUCCAACUACACUACUUCUUCUCAAGCACCAUAUACGCUUCAGAUGCUGCACAACAACAACACUAAUUCCGGGGCUUUUGGUUACGCUAUGAACAACAAUAACAACAACAGCAACCUUCAAACUCAACAAAACUUUGUUGGUGGUGGGUUCUCUAGAGCAAAGGAAGAACCAAACGAGGAGACCUCGUUUUUCGAUUCGUUUUUGCCCUGAAGAAAAAAAGGAAUCUGUUGUUCCUUUUGUACAUUUCUGCCACCAAAGGAUUUUACUACUUACUAGUGAUCCUGCAGGAUAGUAGUAAGACUAUAGUCUAUAGUCCAUAGAGAAUUUUUUCAUUUGUUUUUUUCACACGCCUGUAAUAUGUUUAAUGUUUGUACCAUAGAACUAGAAAAAAAAAAAAAACUGAAUAAAACCAAUCAAUUUUC